AUGACUCUGGAGGAGCUGCCCGGGGAUCAGCCUUGUCCCGGCGGCAGGAUGGAGCAGGCGGGGGACGCGCUGGAGGAGGUGCUGAGCAAAGCGCUGAGCCAGCGGAGCCUCACCCUCGGUGUCUACGAGGCUGCCAAGCUGCUCAACGUGGACCCGGAUAACGUGGUGCUGUGCUUGCUGGCGGCAGACGAGGAGGAGGCGGGGGACGCGGCUCUGCAGAUCCACUUUACCUUAAUCCAGGCUUUUUGUUGUGAAAACGACAUCAACAUCCUCCGCGUCAGCAACCCGGCGCGGCUGGCCCAGCUCCUGCUGCCUGCCACGGGCACCGAGCCGCCCACCGACCUCCACUGCGUCUUGGUCACGAACCCCCACUCAUCCCAGUGGAAGGAUCCAGCACUGAGUCAGCUGAUGUGUUUCUGUCGGGAGAGUCGCUACAUGGACCAGUGGGUGCCUGUGAUUAACCUUCCCGAGCGGUGACCUCCACGCUCCCCUAACUCCACUCAAAGUUUUUUUGGCAAUACUUUAUAGCAAGUUGCUCAGGAAUUAACUCCCUGGUUCCUCCCCCCCCACACUUCUCCCCGGUGUGGGAAUGGGGGGAGAAAACAAAAAACAAACAAACAAACAAAAAACCCAACAAAAAAAAUCUUAAGCUAAAGGUGAUGUUGAAAAGGGGGAGGCUGAGGUUGAGCUAUGUGUUGUGUGGGACUGGAGAGAAGCAGCCUGGAGGAGAUGGAGAUGAGCAUGGACAUGGAAGGAGGAUGAGGAAGGGCAGUGCUGCCAGAGGAAGGAGCCCUGCCCAACGUUGGGCGGGUUACAAACUCCCAAACACAGGAGGGGAGGUUUGGUUUUAAAGUGCAACUUAAAAAGUUCCUGGUUUGAAGACCUUAA